CACUUGGAAACUUUAAAAGCUUCGUCUGUCUUCAACUGCAGUGAGACCAAAGCUUGGCUGCAUGGACCCGUUAGUUUUAGACUUUUUCUUCAAGCGAACAGGCCAGGCGCGUGGAUUUGAAAUCAAACAAAAUGUGCGACUACAAACGAGAAUACUCCUAUGUUAUGGACGACAGCGCCUUUGAGGGCGAUGUCUCGAUGGCGAGUUUUGACAACGGCUUUGAAAACCUGUGGGUGCAAGUUGCCGAGGAGCUGCGCCGCGAGAGGGAAAUGAACGAACUGGACCAGCUUUUCCAACAAAAGUUGAGUCUGAGUCCGCAAGCACAUGGGGAUCAAUGGAUGUUUUGAUGCAGAUCCCAGACGACGGCCGCUGUGAUAUUAUUAAAGUUUUACAUAGAUAAAUUGCCAAUAGAAAUGACCUUCGCUGGGGCAUUUUCGAUAAAUGCUCGAAGAAUUCGUAUAAUCAGAAGUCCAUAUGUAUAAGAAGUCCGGUUAGGUAAGGUUUUUGUAUACCGCGUUCUUUAGAGCUAACAUUUUCGUUAUCUGUAAAUUGUAUUUAUUCGUUCAAUCUUACGCGUUCCAUUUUUUAUAUUUGUUAAUUUAUCAACUAAUCGAUUUAUACAGAACCUAUGUUGGUCCUCAGUGUAGAAAAUGUAACAUACGGCAAAUGUUUGCCAUCGAUUUAUAUUUAUUUUAUGUGGAAAUAACUUCCUCACCUCCACACCAGGAGAUCACCUAUUGUAUAUAAAAGCUAGAAGGAAGCAUCGCGCAUCCUCACCCCCACAUGAUUAGAUAAAGUUAUCAACAUCCAACCCUCUAUC